AACUCAUUCCCUCCAGGCCAAGGAUUAAAUCCUGCCCAUGUAGGGGUCAGGGCUACCACAGACCCUGAAAGCUGAGUACCCCACCCCCAAGUGAGGGGAGGCUCAAGGGAAAGGGAGGGACAGAAGACGGAGAGAGCAAAGGAAGGAGGGGCAGCUAGCCAGGCUCCUGUCCCCCCACAGAGCCAGCUCCGAGUCAGCUCUAGGAACAGUCAGCUGCAGAAGCAACAGCGGCUUCUCUCCUCUAGCUAAGGACGGCAGGCACACGGACUCACAGACAGAAGUCCUCAGCCCCCAGCCGCUUGGCCGGGCCUGGCCCCAUGGCCUUCAACGACCUCCUGCAGCAGGUGGGGGGUGUCGGCCGCUUCCAGCAGAUCCAGGUCACUCUGGUGGUCCUCCCCCUGCUCCUGAUGGCCUCCCACAACACCCUGCAGAACUUCACUGCUGCCAUCCCCACCCACCACUGCCGCCCGCCUGCCGACACCAACCUCAGCAAGGACGGGGAGCUGGAGGCCUGGCUGCCCCGGGACAGGCAGGGGCAGCCGGAGUCCUGCCUCCUCUUCACCAUCCCCCAACAGGGACCGCCUUCUCCCAACGGCACAGGGGCCAACGGCACGGGGGCCACAGAGCCCUGCACCAAUGGCUGGAUCUAUGACAACAGCACCUUCCCUUCCACCAUCGUGACUGAGUGGGACCUCGUGUGUUCUAACAGGGCCUUACGCCAACUGGCCCAGUCCUUGUACAUGGUUGGGGUGCUUCUCGGAGCCAUGGUGUUCGGCUACCUGGCAGACAGGCUGGGCCGCCGCAAGUUGCUGAUCUUGAACUACCUGCAGACGGCCGUCUCAGGAACCUGUGCUGCCUUCGCUCCCAACUUCCCCGUCUACUGUGCCUUCCGGCUCCUCUCCGGCAUGUCGCUGGCUGGCAUCUCCCUCAACUGCAUGACACUGAAUGUGGAGUGGAUGCCCAUCCACACGCGGGCUUGUGUGGGCACCCUGACUGGCUAUGUCUACAGCCUGGGCCAGUUUCUCCUGGCCGGGGUGGCCUUGGCCGUGCCCCACUGGCGCCACCUGCAGCUCCUGGUCUCCGUGCCUUUUUUCGCCUUCUUCAUCUACUCCUGGUUCUUCAUCGAGUCAGCCCGCUGGUACUCCUCCUCCGGGAGGCUAGAUCUCACCCUGAGGGCCCUGCAGAGAGUGGCCUGGAUCAAUGGGAAGCGGGAAGAGGGGACCAAGCUAAGUAUGGAGGUGCUCCGGGCCAGUCUGCAGAAGGAGCUGACCAUGGGCAAAGGCCAGGUUUCCGCCUUGGAGUUGCUGCGCUGCCCCGCCCUUCGCCACCUCUUCUUCUGCCUCUCCACGCUGUGGUUUGCCACUAGUUUUGCCUACUACGGGCUGGUCAUGGACCUGCAGGGCUUUGGGGUCAGCAUCUACCUAAUCCAGGUGAUUUUUGGUGCUGUGGACCUGCCUGCCAAACUUGUGGGCUUCCUUGUCAUCAACUCUCUGGGCCGCCGGCCUGCCCAGAUGGCCUCACUGCUGCUGGCGGGCAUCUGCAUCCUGGUCAACGGGGUGGUACCCCAGGAUCAGUCCAUUGUCCGAACCUCUCUUGCUGUGCUGGGGAAAGGUUGCCUGGCUGCCUCCUUCAACUGCAUCUUCCUCUAUACUGGGGAGCUGUACCCCACAGUGAUCCGGCAGACAGGCAUGGGAAUGGGCAGCACCAUGGCCCGUUUGGGCAGCAUCGUGAGCCCACUGGUGGGCAUGACUGCUGAGCUCUACCCCUCCGUGCCUCUCUUCAUCUACGGUGCGGUGCCCGUGGCCGCCAGCGCUGUCACUGCCCUCCUGCCAGAGACCCUGGGCCAGCCACUGCCAGACACCGUGCAGGACAUGGAAAGCAGGAGAGGAAAGCCAAGGCGGCAGGAGCAAGAGCAGCGGAAGAAGAUGGUCCCGCUCCAGGCCGCAGCAAGAGAGAAUGUACUCUGAGCACUGGGAAGGGGCCUCACAGAGCCCCAAAGGGAGUGAGGGUCCUACAGGUCCUGAGCCACCCCCUCCGGGAAGGGAAAGGGGAAAUGGCGGCCCAAGGGUCCAGGCUGUGGUUCAGGAAAGCACCUCCCAGGGGUCUUCUGCCCUGAACAGAUUCCACCAAGACCGCGUCAUUAAAAGGUUUGUGUGC